ACACGGCACCAGACGGCUUAGUGACCAGACGGAGAACAACGACUUCUGCUGAGAAGCUUUUGAUAAGUUAACAAAAUGGAUGAGUGGGAAGAAGAGGGAACCGUUAGUACUAUUCCAUUAACCAGCUACACCUCGAAUGAAGGCACACAAGGAGACUCCUGGAACACUGAUGCUGGUGAAUGUGCAAGGGGUCGCGGAGGAAGAGGCAGAGGGAGAGGAGGAUUUAAAAGCUCAUACUCUUCAGGUGGAGAUGGGAAUGAUGGGGACAAAUGGAACAAUGCAGGAGGAGAAAGAGGUGGUUUCAGAGGUAGAGGCGGCCAAGGGCGUGGCAGAGGAUUUGGAAGAACAGAUCACAGUGAAGUCAAUGGAGACGACAGUGGAGUGUGUGAAAACGGGUUUCGAGGAGGGAGAGGGGGCAGAGGAAGAGGAGGAAGUUUCAGUCAAGGUCGGGACCCGGGUGGCAGAGGAGGCUUUGGAGGAGGUUAUCGGGGAAAAGAUGAAGAGAUCUUUUCUCAAGGGGAAGAUAAAGAUCAAGAAAAGAAGGAUGACAGUGAGAGACCAAAGGUCACGUAUGUGCCCCCCACACUCCCCGAAGAUGAAGACUCAAUUUUUUCCCAUUAUGAAACGGGGAUCAACUUUGACAAGUAUGAUGAUAUCAUGGUGGAUGUUAGUGGAACCAAUCCACCACAAGCUAUCAUGACUUUUGAUGAGGCGGAAUUGUGCGAGUCCCUGAGAAAAAAUGUCAGCAAGUCUGGUUAUGUGAAGCCGACCCCAGUGCAGAAACAUGGCAUUCCAAUUAUCUCUGCUGGCAGAGAUCUCAUGGCCUGUGCCCAGACUGGAUCUGGUAAAACGGCUGCAUUCCUGCUCCCUAUUCUGCAGCAGCUGAUGGCAGAUGGUGUUGCAGCCAGUCGCUUCAGUGAGCUGCAGGAGCCUGAAGCAAUUAUUGUGGCCCCAACAAGGGAGCUCAUUAACCAGAUUUACCUGGAGGCUAGGAAGUUUGCCUUUGGGACAUGUGUGCGUCCAGUGGUGGUUUAUGGUGGAGUCAGCACUGGACACCAAAUAAGAGACAUUGAAAGGGGAUGCAAUGUAGUGUGUGGAACACCAGGCAGGCUAUUGGAUAUGAUUGGUAGAGGAAAGGUUGGGGUGAGUAAGCUGCGGUACCUAGUCCUAGAUGAGGCUGACCGGAUGUUGGAUAUGGGAUUUGAGCCUGAUAUGCGCCGCUUGGUGGGCUCACCUGGAAUGCCAUCCAAAGAGGACCGUCAGACUCUUAUGUUCAGUGCUACGUACCCUGAGGACAUACAGAGGAUGGCUGCUGACUUCCUGAAGACCGACUAUUUGUUCCUGGCUGUGGGUGUGGUGGGUGGAGCCUGCAGUGAUGUGGAGCAGACAUUUAUCCAAGUCACCAAGUUCUCCAAGAGAGAGCAACUUCUUGACCUCCUGAAGACCACUGGAAUGGAGCGCACCAUGGUGUUUGUGGAGACCAAGAGACAAGCUGAUUUUAUCGCCACGUUCUUGUGCCAGGAGAAAGUUCCAACCACUAGCAUUCAUGGUGAUCGAGAGCAGCGGGAGCGAGAGCAAGCUCUGGCAGACUUCCGCUCUGGUAAAUGUCCAGUCAUGGUGGCAACCUCUGUAGCUGCCCGUGGUCUGGAUAUUCCAGAUGUACAGCAUGUGGUGAACUUUGACCUCCCCAACAACAUUGAUGAAUAUGUUCACCGGAUUGGGAGAACUGGCCGCUGCGGUAAUACUGGGAGGGCAGUGUCUUUCUAUGACCCUGAUGGUGAUAGCCAACUGGCUUGCUCCUUGGUCACAGUCCUGUCCAAGGCCCAGCAGGAAGUGCCUUCAUGGUUAGAAGAGUCUGCGUUCAGCGGAUCUACUUCCUCUAGCUUCAAACCACCCAGGAAGAACUUUGCCUCCACAGACUCCAGGAAGGGAGGAUCUUUCCAAGACAACAGUGUGCAGAGCCAGGAGGCUGUUCAGCCUGCUGCCAAUGAUGAUGAAGAAUGGGAAUAGAAGAACAGCACAUAAGCAUUGACCACACAGCAUUGACCUGAGUUACUUUUUAUUUUCAGGUGUUCAGCUUCUUGUAGUUUUAUCAUAGUGUUUUUGUUGGAAUACAAAAAAAGUUUCUUGUCAGACAAAGUUUAAAAUGCUAAGUGAGAUGGUAAAUGGUGAAACCAGUUUUUUUGUUUUUUCUAUGAUCUGUCAUCUCCAUUCACUGACUGGCACUUUGUGAACAUUUUCUUUUUCUUUUUUUAUUGUUUUAAUCAUCACUUACAUUUAAAGUGUUUAAAAAAGUAAACAAUGUGUCUGAUGGCAAAAAGCAAAACUUUUGAAAUGUCAUAUUUUGUUUUCUACGAGGAUAAAGAUAAAUAAAUAUUUGUUCUAAGCAAA